AGAUUCCACAGAUCUUGUAUUGACUCUCCUCCCUGCCCAUACCUGAUUAGUGAGCCUUUUCAUUUGUUUUCGUUAGCUUUUGGCUAAGGGUGGAGUGAUUUCACAGUAUGUCAUCUGGGUAGAGCCCCCUCUCCUCUCCCUCAUAAAAAGGCCUGUGUCCAAUGACUCUUCACUCACUCACUCUUCUCUACUCAGACCAGACAGCAACUUCCGCCACCAUGACCUCCUUGUCCAGCAACAGCUUCAUGUCCUCUGCAUCUCUGGGCUCCUUUCGCCACAUGUCCAUGUCUAGUGGAGGUAGACACAUCAGCGCCAUGAGGGGCGGCAGCGUGUACGGGGGUGCCGGUGGGUCCGGGGUGCGCAUCUCCAGUGCCUCCAGCACCUUCUCUGCUGGCAGUGAGGCUGGUGGUAGCUCCAGCCUGGCCGACGCUGUCCACCUGAACGAAAACAAGAAAGCCACCAUGCAGAACCUGAACGAUCGUCUGUCCUCCUACCUGAACAAGGUCCGCUCCCUGGAGAAGGCCAACGCUGAUCUGGAGGUGAAGAUCCACCAGUCCCUGGAGAAAAAAGCCACACCUGAGGCUCAUGACUGCACUGCCUUCAAAGUCAUCAUCAGCAAACUCCAAAACCAGAUCUUUGAUGCCACUCAUAUGAAUGGAGGAUUCUACCUGGCCAUUGACAAUGCUAAACUGGCAGCAGAUGACUUUCAAGUCAAGUAUGAGAAUGAGCUGGCUAUGACGCAAUGUGUGGAGGCUGAUAUUGCUGGGCUGAGGCGGGUGAGGGACGAGCUGACCAUUGGAGGAUCCAACCUGGAGAUGGCGGUUGAGGAGCUGAAGGAGGAGUUGGUCCACCUCAAGAAGAACCACAAGGAGGAUAUCAAGACCCUUCAGGCACAGGUGGGUAGUCAGACGGUCAACGUGGAGGUUGAUGCUGCACCACAGGAAGACCUCACCAAAGUCAUGGCUGAGAUCCGUGAGCAGUAUGAUGCUGUUGCUGCCAAGAACCACAAAGAACUGGAAAGCUGGUUCAAUGCAAAGACAGAAGAAAUCCAGAAAACUGUCGCCUGCAGCACAGAGACCGUCCAAUCAUCCCAAUCUAAAAUCACUGAAGUUAAACGCAUAAUGCAAAGUCUAGAAAUCGAAUUCCAAUCUGAACUCAGCAUGAAAGCAUCCCUGGAGGGCACCCUGGCUGACACACAGAACCGCUAUGCCAAUAUGCUAUUGAGUUAUCAGAUGCAGGUGACCAGCUUAGAGGGCCAUCUUGGUCAGAUACGUGGUGACUUGGAGCGCCAGGGCCAGGAAUACCAGAUUCUGCUGGACAUCAAGACCAGGCUGGAGAUGGAGAUCACUGAGUACAGGAGACUGCUGGACGGAGAAAUGACAAGCAGUGUCUCAACAGCCACCAAAACACACAAGGUGGUGACUAUCGUCAUGGAACGUGUUGACGGCAAGGUGAUCAGUGAGACCAAGACCAAGUGAGACACGUCUUAAAACGGGGACUUCACAGAACAGAACACGAUCCCUCUGAUGCCUACUGUCAACCUUUCUCAGAAGCUGUGAUUCAAUUGGGUUGUGUAAACUUGUAUCUUGAGAUUUAUAUAAGCCCUCUGAUACCUUCAGAGAGAUUCGUCAAUAAAACUAAGCCCUAAAACUUU